AUGGCGUUUAUAGCAGUGCCGCGGCGGCUCUCACGCCUCGCCCUUGCCGUCGUGCUAUGUCUUGCCACAAUCUACUUCUUUCGAACGAAGCUGGACGAGGUAUCAGAUGGCGGUAAAGCAUGGGGACGCUCAUGGGGAGACGGAUACGUGCGCAGCAGCUUCAACUGGGCAAACCGGCUUCAGACACACCCAAUCCCCGAGACCAACCGGACCAGUCUGCCCCAAGGCGUCCCGCGCGUGCUGCCUCGUAUCCAGCAUCAAUUCUCCGAGCUGGAGCUGGACGCGGCCCACAACAAAACCCAGCAGCAGCGGCGCGAUGCCGUCCGCCGCACUGCCACCAAGUGUUGGGAGAGCUAUCGCCAAUUUGCUUGGGGCCGUGACGAGCUGUCCCCCCUGACCCAGACCGGAGCCGAUACCUUCGCCGGGUGGGGGGCGACCGCUUUUGACUCACUAGAUACGCUCUGGAUCAUGGGGCUCACUAAAGAGUUCAAGCAGGCCGUGCGCCUGGUUGCUGCCGUCGACUGGGACCGCACGACGUCGGGACACUGCAGCCUGUUCGAGACCACUAUCCGGUAUCUGGGCGGGCUGCUGGCGGCCUACGACCUGAGCUAUGAGAAAGUUUUGUUCGGCAAGGCACUGGAGCUGGGGGACAUGCUCUACGCCGCCUUCGACACCCCAAGCCACAUGCCGGCCAACGAUUUCCGCUUCGGGAAAGCCAAGCAGGGCGGGCUCGUAGCUGACCGGCGCGAGUCGCUAGCCACGGUUGGCAGUCUGUCUCUAGAGUUUACGAGGCUCUCGCAGUUGACUGGGGAUCCAAAAUACUACUCCGUCAUUGACCACAUUAAGCUCGCCCUCGAACAGUCCCAGGACGACACUAACCUUCCGGGCAUGUGGCCGACGUGGCUAGACUUGCAGCAUGGCUUUCACGCCUCCGACACGUCCUUUACGCUCGGCGCCUCGGCCGACUCAGCCUACGAGUAUUUGUCCAAGACGUACGCGUUGCUAGGCGGCCUAGACCAGACCUACGAGAAGAUGCACCUAAAGGCCAUGGCGACGGCGAGAGACCACGUCCUGUUCCGGCCGAUGCUGCCCGACGCCUACCCGGCGGCCCUCCCAGACAUUCUGUUCUCGGGCACCGUACUGUCAAACGGCCGCAUCAUCGAGCUCCUCCCCGAGGUCCAGCACCUCGGCUGCUUCGCGGGCGGCAUGUUCGCGCUUGGCGGGCGCCUCUUCAAGCAGGACGGCGACGUCAAGAUCGGCGAGCAGCUGGCGCGGGGGUGCGCGUGGGCGUACGACGCGUUCCCCACGGGGGUCAUGCCCGAGGUGACCGAGGUCCUCCCCUGCCAGAGGAAGCCGAUCAACGACGACGAGAACAGGGACGCCGACGACCCCCUAGCCCACUGCGCCUGGAACCAGUCCAGGUGGGGCGACGAUACCACCAGCCCGAAGCCCUUCUCCAAUGUCCGCGACCCGCAGUAUCUCCUCCGGCCCGAGGCCAUCGAGAGCAUCUUCGUCCUCUACCGCAUCACGGGCAAGAAGGACCUGCUCGACGUCGCCUGGCGCAUGUUCCAGGCGGUCACGGCGGCAACCGAGACGGAGCAUGCGCACGCCGCCAUCACGGACGUGCAAGUCACGGGGACCACGGGCAAGACGAACUCUAUGGAGAGCUUCUGGAUCGCCGAGACGCUCAAGUACUUCUACCUCAUCUUCUCGGAUCCCGACCUAAUCAGCUUGGACGACUACGUCUUCAACACGGAAGCGCAUCCCCUCAGGAUACCCAAGCCGCCGCCGCCAACGGGGGCAAAAGAAUCAUGA